GCAUGACGGAGCAUUCUGCCGUUGAUAAGACCCAGGCUCUCCGGGCACGCGGGGACUCUGGGAAAACUGGGAUCGGAGCGGCUUCUCCUCCCUACACUGCGACUCUGACUGUAACCCUAAGCGUUCAGAAGGAAGAUAGAUGUGCUUUCAUUAAUCCUCCGGGGGAAAUCAGUUUUCCCAGAAACAGCCUUAAAAACAGCAUGAUACGGGAAAAAAGACCAACAGAAACACAGAGGGAUGGAGAAUCGACUGGCCUUCACCAUCUCUGCAUAUAUUUACAUUCUCUUUGCUUCUGCUGGCUUCACAGAGACCUACGUUCCCUGUGACAGGUCCACGUUUGACGAUUAUGUCAAUAACUACUGUAUUCCUGCCUUUAAUCAGUCAAUGGCAUCUACCAGCUACCGAGCUAGGUGCCCCUGGCCCAAUACGAGAAGGUCCUACAUCAUGCUGGACAUGUGCGUGGGGCAGGGGGUGCGUCUGAGUGGGUGUAUGGAGCCCUCCAUUAAGGACGAGGUGUUCCUGGGGAUCCACAAGGCCUACUUCCCCCUCUGCUCCUACAUGCAGGACCCGGACUUAGGGACCCUGCUCCUGCUGGUCCUGCCCUGCAUCCUCACUGCUCUUAUCCUCCCCUUCACCUGCACUUACCUCACCGCCUGCAGGGCAGCUUAGCAGCUGGACUAGAGACUGCAAUGCAACUGUGACUGUGGACACACACACGCACACGGACACACGUGCACACACACGCAUAAACACACACACGCACGCGCGCACAGUCACAAGCACACAUACACACACUCACGC